AUGGCGGACGGCUGGGGCGAUGUGCUCGCCGAGGUCGCGGGUGAGCCUCACCCGCCGCCCCGCGGCCCCGCGGGCGCCGCGGCCAGAGGGCCGCGCCCCCCGCCCCGCAGGCCCAGUCGGGCAGCCGCGAGGUCGGUCGCGGCGGCGGGCCGCACCAACGCCCUGUCGCUGCCCCUGUCGGAGUCAGUGAAGCUGCCCACCGUGCCCAGACACAUCGUCCAAUGCACGGGCAGAGGCUCGACAGAUCAGUGGCCGCUGCUCCCGUACGUUCGCAUGGCAGCGCUCGCGAUCGAGCGCCAGAGAGUAUCAGACCAAGACGUGCCAGCGAAGCUCAACAGCAUGUUGAUGGAUUCGUCGUCCGAGCUGGCUGGCAGAACCACGUCAAAGGCAUCGAUCCAGGACUCGAUCGGCGUGACCCAUGGGAGCUACACAGAGUGCGUGAUCGUCUUGGCCAACACCAUCGUACAUUUCGAGCGGGACCAGAAGCUUGCGCUGGAGUGCUAUUUGGCAAAUACGGUCCCCAAGGAGAACUUGCUCCACUACGUCGAGGCGGUCAAGUACGACGAGACCCCGAUGAAGCUGUCAGUGAACGAUUCGUUCCAAGCACGUGGUCGCGGUGCAGUGGGCUCUUCCGAUCAGCAGCAGGUGGCCGUGUACCACAUGGAUCGAUCUCGACAGUGGGGGAAGCCGAAGUUAGAGAGAACUGUCAUCAAGCUGCUGCAGAGCUCGUCGAGGUUCGGGUACCUUCUGAGGACCAACGCGGGCGAGUACGUCGGCAUCGUCGGCGCGUCCAUUGCUCCGCUCCAGUGGCUGGAUCGGAACACUGGGGAGUGUCUUCGAGAGGCGGACCAACGUCGCACCACUGCUGUUGGACGGGCUGCUAAGGACUUUGCGUGCAAGACGCGCGUGUCAGUCCUGGACGGCGCUGGCCCGGACGCCCGCUGCGAGGCGCAGGUCGGGGUUGACCGACGAGGCGACGGCUGGGGCAAGAUUGGUUUCACAUGCUCCACGCAUUGCCUCGCCAACGUAUUCACGCACACCUUCGACCUGACGGGCUCCGACGUGUCUAGCCAGAUCAAUUUCGCACUUGCCGUCAACGAGGGCUCGGGCUUCUCUUCUUUCUGUCGGAUAUUCCGCGCUGUGGUUCAACGGCGGAUUCGCAUCCGCAGGGGGAGGCCCCCUCCAGAGGCCACCCCGCGCAAGCGGCACUUGCUGUGCCUUUCGCUCGCAAGGGGGAGUCGACUGAUCGAGAAGAAGACAGCUUUGCACCAUUUGCCGAACGGGGACUGGAGGGACCGAGAGCACGUCGACAUAUGGAUUCCCGAGGGCAUCGACAUAGACGAGAGCGAGAUCAAGAAGUCGGUGUCGGAGGCCUUGGAGGUCGUCCUCUUGGGAGCUCGAUUCACCCGGUGGCCGAGGAGCAGGUGGGCGGGGUCCGACGUUGCCAUGGACGAGUUCAUCCUACUUGACGGCAUUCACGGAUUGGGCUCUGCUGUCUGGGCUAUCUGGGCGAAAGAGAUGGCUCGGGGCUCCAAGAGGAGACCUCGGCUGGGCGAUGGCGGGGCUCUGCCAGCUGCUGCCGCUGGGCCUGCCGCCGCCGAUGGCGGCGAGGGCGGCGCCGCAGAGGCUGCGGCUGCCAGCGGCGGCGAUGGGCAGGGCCAUGGAGAUUUCAAUGCAAAGCGGCUGGGGAAUGAGUACCAUCGUAGCACCGCUGAAGAUUGGAUGGACACGUCGCCGCUUGACAGAGUGGUGAUCAUUCGGCAGGUGCUGGAGCCUUUACGUCGGACGAUGGAUUGGCACCUCGAGGUCGGCGGCAAGCACUGGGAGAUCAAGCAGAGGGGCAUGGUUGUCCAGGCUGAGUCCAAGGGCGCAGCCAGUUCGACGAGCAGGACGUGGCCGAUCGUGGAGGCUGCGCUUGGCACCCCUGCGCGCGUCUUCCAGGCUGCGUGGGACCCUCUGUUUCGCGAGCACGUGCUGUGGAAGGACCUCGUGCAGCCGUCGGCGAUGACUCGGAAGGCGCGCGCCCUCGCGUUCAAGCUUCUUUCGAGGUCUGAGUGCCAGGUCCGGGAGGCGUUCACGCAUCGACAUAGCUUGCUUCCGACUCGCACCUUCGCCAUGAUCGUGGACCCAGCCGUUGCGCAGGAAGUGAGUGACCUCCAGGAUUGCCGCAUGGACAGCUGGACGAAGGACUUCGUGCUGCGACACAAGGACGCGGACGGAGGCUUGUCGAACCCAGCGGCGAUCGCAGUGUUGAACCUGCUUGCCGCCACGAUCGACUUGGACAUCAAGGCUAUCGAGUCCCACCACGCCUCGAUCCGCAGGCGGCUGAUGGUCAGGGGAGUGCAGACCCACUCGGCAACGUUCGCGGAGUCGUCGGCCGAAUGGGUGGUUGCCCAAGCUCGUUUAUCAGGCAGGGCAUUUCGAGCAGUCGGUGAGGGGGGCGCGCCAGCAGGUGGUGGCGAUGACGCAGGGGGCCCUGGCGGGCCGCCAGGCGAGGAGGCUACCGCCACUGUCAGGGGCACGGUGUCUUCUUGGCAUGCUCUCCUGAGGGAGCAAUCCCUUGGUCAGACUGGCCGCCAGUGCAUCGCCGCCUUGAGCGCUGCGUACCGCGCUUUACCAAGAGCAGAGGUGGCGAGGCUGGCUGCCGUCGCAGCCGCGGCCAAUGGGAAUCCCCGUGCUGCGGAUGCACCUGGCAGCGCCUUCGGCCUCCGGUCCCGCGACCUCGCUCGCGCCCAGGCCAAGAGGCGGCGGAAGGCGUCUGAGCAGCAGCUCGUCGCGGAGGCUGUCGUGCCGACCAGCCGCGGGGGGGUGACUGAUUUGGCAAUGCGGCGGGCAUCGGCAGAUCCCAACGCCACCGUGAACAUGGACUCGAUGAUGCGGGCUGCCCAGUCGCACAUGGUGAGCUUGCGCCGCGUGGCCAAGACCGAGGAGCGAAAGAUGGCCGACGCGAUGGAGGCUUGGGAGUCGACUACGGGCGCUGCCCAGUGGGCAUCCAUGUGCAACAGUUUCAAGGGCGUGGCUGCUUUCCAGGUUAUGCUUUCUCCUAUGCCCUCGCACAUCGGCCAGAUGCUGGAGUUCAAGCGCCCUACUACGUCGACAGCUUCGAUCGCUCGCUCGCUGUGGAUGUCAGGGCACGGCAGCAACAUGAAAGCUUGUCUCGCAUCAGGCUGGAUGGAGAGGCACAGGGCCAUCAUGCGCGACGACUGUGCCCCCGUAGACGUGCCCGUCCAGAAGAAGAAGUACACUUGUGCUCAGAUCGGCAUGUGCAUCUGUUGCCCUGAGGCCGAUGUCAUCAAGAAGUUCCGCAGGCGCUUCUACUCCGAGCUGAAGGGCCUCUGCACCAAGGGGUCGCCCGAGCGGAAGCUCUUGGACGAUUCCAGCUUGGUCGUGCGACUGCGCGGCAUCAAGGCGGCUGUCGUCGAUGGCCGGGGCGUUGUGGCAGCUGGCCCCUCUGGCGACGACCCCGACGGCGUGGGCGCCUACGUGUGGUGGCACAUCGGCUCCCACGAGUUCAGCCCCUACUGCUCCAACUUCAGGCCGCUCGCCUUCGUCGAGCAGGAGGCCGUCGGCGGCCAGGCGUUCAGUAGCUUGGACCUCACGGCCGAUUGGUCGAUCAGCUUUUGGGUCAUCGACGAGAGUGAUCGUGCCGUCGCCCGUUUUCGCCCUGCCGACGUCGUCGUGGUCUCCAUGGGCCCCGAGUCCGAGCUGCGGCAGUCAGGGAAGGCGACGAGGCGGGCCACAGCUGCGCGGCCCGCCGCCACGGACGACGGCGACGACGGCGACCACGGGAGCAUCGCGUCGGACCAGGAGGAGGACCUGGAUGACCCCCUCCCCCUGGACGACGGGCCCGUGGGCGGCGACGACCACGGCGGCGCGGACGACGUCCGCGCUGGUGGCGAGGACGAGGUCGGCAUGGACAUCGACGAGUUGUUCAGCGAGGGCGAGGGCGGCGACGGCGGCGGCGAGGUUCCGCUGCCGCCCGAGCCGCUCGCAUCGGAGAUGGCCAAGCGCAGCUCCAACGGUGAGAUGCCCGCUGCUGGUCGCCAACGCCGCCUCGGUGCGAAGUCCACGACGCGUGGUCUCUGCGGCGAGGCGUGCGACGACCUGGUCAAGCGCGCCCGCGAGGACGAGGCCGUCUUCGCGCGCCGCAGUUGCGACGACGUCUACAUCCACAGCCUGAGCCUCAUGACGAUCACCGACGUCGUCGCGAGCAUAAGCGACGAUGUAUUCAAGAAGGAUUUCAUCGAGGGGAAGAUGCAGAUAAAGAAGCAGGGUAAGAGGCCGCUCUUCCCCGAGGAGGUGGGCAAGCGCGAGGUCUUCUCCAUGAAAGUGAAGCGGAAGGCCCUCAUCAUGUCGAGGUCAGAGCUGCACAGAUAUUGCGGCUUCAAGCCCACCAAGAAGAACACGAAAUCGAUCCCCUCGAUGAUGUUGCACUCGGAGGACAGCCUAGACGUCGAGGGCGUAUGGCUCUUCAUGUGGACGAUCGAUUGGUCCUUCCUGCGCGCGCUGAGCAUCAGCAUGGGCGUCGUUAGCGAGAAGAGCUGUGCGUACAUGAAGCAGGAGAACCACAUCUUCGCCUCCCAGAGCACGCGGACGUUCGACUGGAGCAUGGGCGAGCAGACUCACUCGAGUGGCCCGUCAACCUUGCUCGCGAACCUCAAGACCCACGAGGGCGCCGGCCUGGCCCUCACGGAGGAGAUGGCCAACUCGAUGGGGACGCGGCGUCUCCGCGGCGGGGGGUUGCCGUCAGGCGGGGUGUCCUCCACGUCGCCGCCGAUGACCAUGUCAGGAGCGUGCUCGGUCCUCUCUGGCGGCAUCGAGUCCACGCCAACGGGGGGGGCGGGAGAUGGCGAGACUGACUCUCCGCACGCGCCCAUGCUCUACAGCAAGGGCACCUUGUCGGCGACGACGAUCAACGUCAUGGCGGAGCGACGUGCUGCGAGGAGCGCUGUGAGCGGGGUGCCAUCCGCCCUGUCGGCCAUCGGCCGACUCCAGGCAGCGGCGGCGAACACCUGCAGCAUCGAUGCUGACGAUUCGGCGAGCCAGGCCCCCAAUGCAGGGGGCCCAGCUGUGGGCAAGGGGGACCAGUGGAUUGCGAAGCUCCCGUUGUCGAAGGAUAAGGACCAGUGGAACAGACUCACCCUGCACAUGACGAGGUACGAGCUCGCGAACAAGCUUCACGAGACCAACAUCUUCAGCGCCUCGGCUGGCGAUGUCAAGGACGCCUUCGAGCGCCUGCGCCAGUCCAUCGAUGCCCCGCCCGUCGUCCAGAAGAACAUGUGCAAGAAGAUGUUCCAGGAACGCAUGACAGUCGAGCUCCAGUCCAUGACCGACGUCGCCUUCUUCUUUGAGAUGGUGUGGCCAUGGCCCACAUCAUCUCAGGAAGCGGGCCUCACCUUCACUGCGGAUUCGCCGAAGCUCCACUUCAUUGACCUCGAGAUGGCCGAGAAGAUCCGCAUGUUCAACCAGAGUUUCAUCAGCGGCGUGCACACUGCACUGAUCGAGGGAGGCCACGAGAAGAAGGAUAUGCUCGUGGCGAUUUCUUCUCGGAUGGCUUCGCUGAUGGACGAUCUGCUGGCCGACGCAGAGGAGUUCUGCGAGGGCGCGUCGCACUUCUUGGGCGCGCUGGGCUCCAUGGUGGGCGGCGUCGCCGAGAUCUGCGACCCGACCAGCCCGUGGAAGGCGGGCGACAUCGACGCCUUCUACAGCGACAUCCUCUCCCUCGACCCCAACCGCGGGGACAUCUUCAGCGGGCUGGAGGGGGUGGCGAUCGCCAUCGGCGCGUGCGCCGAGUACAGCAAGACGUGGGCGACCCUGAUGAAGGACAAAGUCAUGGCCAUGGAGCUCGCCCCCCAGGUUUCAGCAUCCACGUCCGCCCUCUUGUCGGUGGCGCGCAGCCCCCUGGGCUUCGACGGGGCGGUUGCUGCGGCCACCGCGGCGUUGAGCACCACCCCGAAAGUCGCGUGCUCCCUGGGCGACGAGCUCGCGACCCCCGUCGUCAAGGAGGUGAAGGCCGCGCUGAAAGAUUUGUCGGCCAGCGUCGCCUCAGCCACGCCGACGGGGUCAUUGGCGCAGACGCAGCAGAGCACAUUCAUCCAGCUGUUGGGCAAGGCGGUCGACGCCAUGCCGUCGGACGCCGAGCUUCUGAAGAUGAAGACGGAGAUGGACGAAGCCGACGCCUCCAUGCCCCGCGAUGCCAUCAGGGCGCAGUUGACCACGCUGGUCAACGACAUAUUUGCUGACGCGGCGACCGCGGUCAACCUUCGCGACGACUUGCGCCUUAUCAUGGGCAAGAUGGCAAAGGACGACUUGGAUUCGACGAUGACUGCGAAGCUCGGCGAGUGCGCCUGCGCCCUCAUCAAGAAGAUCUUGACGGUGCCCGAGGGGGGCAAGGAGAUGGCGGACGCCGCGACGCAGGCAGCGCACCACUUGCACGACUUCCUGCCGAGCACGGCCACGAAGGGACAGCAGCGGAGCUUGGAGGCAUCGAGCGCAUGUCGGUCGCUGAGGCCGACCACGGAGGCGAUCGUCCAGAAGUUCUUCGACGAUGAGAAGAAGCUCAUCGCGGAGCAGGUGGAUCUCGGGGACCCGCAGCUUGCCCUCCUGCGCGUCCUCCUGGAGAAGCUGGACGCCUACAUCAAGGACGAGGCCGACUCGGACAUCAGCUUGCACGAGCACAUGAAGGCGCAGAUCCACCAGUACGUGGAGGACGCGAGGCGCGUGGUGAAGACGGUGGGGCAGCACGCCGUCGACGUGGCAUCGGCCGAGACCCAGACGACAGCGGCGAAUAUCGAGCCCUACAUGCACGGCCUCCCCGACGGCACGGACUGGUUGAGCGCUGGCCCAGCCAACCUCCACGUGUGGAAAAACUUGGCGGUCCACGCCGACAGUGCGAUCUUGUCCACGGAGAUGAGCAAGACCAUCGGCCCCUUGAAGAAGAAUGUGGACGCUGCCGAGAAGGCGCUGGCCCACUGGAAGUCCGAGGGUGAGAAAUACGGAUUGCGCAUCGAGGGGGAUCAGAACUACCAGAAGGUGUCAGACAUCAUCACCAACGCGUGGGUGACUCUUGUGACAGGCAGUCUGUUCAUGGCUUUCAAGAAAGCGACUGACAAGCAGUUGCUGAGGGCUACGAUCGUAAAGACGACGAGCGCCCUCAAGGAGCGUGGCAUUUCGCAGGACCGUUUGCAUCCAACCCUGUCGGCGCGGGUGCAGCUGGCCAUGCAAUUCAAAAUUAAUGAUUAA